AUGGCCGCCGAAAAUAGUUCGUUAGCUAUCAUUUUCUCAGUCUUGGUUCUUGUUAUGGCCAGUUCACUCCCACAACCUAUUUCAGGCCAAAACUGUGGGUGUAAAGGUCUGUGUUGCAGCAAGUGGGGCUACUGUGGAACCGGCAAUGACUACUGCGGUUCCGGCUGCCGGGAGGGUCCUUGUUACUCCUCCGGUGGUGGUGGCGGUGGCGGUGGCGGUGUUGCUGGUAUAGUGAGUGAUGCUUUCUUCAAUGGGAUAGCUAAUCAAGCCGGUUCAGGCUGUGCUGGAAAAAGGUUCUACACUCGAUCCGCAUUUCUUAACGCUGUGAAAUCGUAUCCUGGAUUCGGAACCACUGGUUCUGUUGAUGUUGCCAAGAGGGAGAUUGCUGCUUUCUUUGCUCAUGUUACUCAUGAGACUGGACAUUUUUGCUACAUUGAAGAGAUUAACGGUGCAUCAAGAAACUAUUGCGACAGGAGCAACACCCAAUAUCCAUGUGUGCCCGGGAAGGGCUAUUAUGGAAGGGGUCCUCUCCAAAUUUCAUGGAACUACAACUAUGGUGCUGCAGGAAAAAGCAUUGGAUUCAAUGGUUUGAACAACCCUGAAAUUGUGGCCCAAAACAAUGUGAUUUCAUUCAAAACUGGCUUGUGGUUUUGGAUGAACAAUUGCCAUUCAAAGAUCACUUCUGGCCUGGGUUUUGGAGCUACAAUUAAGGCAAUCAAUGGCAACCUUGAAUGUAACGGUGCAAAUCCAGCAACUGUUAGUGCUAGGGUUGGGUAUUAUGUUGCUUAUUGUCGCCAACUAGGUGUUGAUCCUGGUCCUAAUCUCAGAUGCUAA